AUGGCAGCUGUUAGUCCUUCUGAAUUCAGUAAUCCCUUGCGAAAGUUCAAACUGGUAUUCUUGGGUGAGCAAAGUGUCGGAAAGACAUCGUUGAUCACACGUUUUAUGUACGAUACCUUUGAUAAUACUUAUCAGGCUACGAUUGGGAUCGAUUUUCUAUCGAAAACUAUGUAUUUGGAAGACCGAACAGUUCGAUUACAAUUGUGGGAUACAGCAGGCCAAGAAAGAUUUCGAAGUUUAAUUCCGAGCUAUAUUAGAGAUUCUUCGGUAGCUGUUGUCGUAUAUGAUAUUACAAAUAGGAAUUCAUUUAUGAAUACAGCUAAGUGGAUUGACGAUGUACGUGCCGAAAGAGGUCAUGAUGUUAUUAUUGUGUUGGUUGGAAACAAAACUGAUUUAAAUGACAAAAGACAAGUCACAACAGAGGAAGGAGAAAAGAAGGCAAAAGAAUUUAAUGUCAUGUUCAUUGAGACUAGUGCAAAAGCAGGGCACAACGUAAAAACCCUCUUCCGUAAAAUUGCCCAAGCUUUACCUGGAAUGGAAAAUACAAUGUCUGAGCCUCAAAGUCAACUUAUUGAUGUAAAUAUCAAUUCUGGAACUCAAAAUUCUAAUGAAAGUAGCAGUUGUGCUUGUUAA